AUGGAACCAUUGAUAAGUGAGUAUGGGAUUCCAAGUCUUUUAGAUCACAAAAGGAAUUGUUUUUUCGCCAACGGUUAUGCUGCACCAGAGAAAAGUUUAUCGGAAAAAGGUGAUGUUUUCAGCUUUGGAGUCAUCCUACUAGAGUUACUAACAGGCAAGAUGGUGGAAAAAACCGAAGUAGACCUUCCGAAGUGGGUGAAGUCGAUGGUGAGGGAAGAAUGGACCGGAGAGGUCUUUGACAAAGAGGUCCCCAAAACUGCAUUGAAGUGGGCAUUUCCUUUGCUAAAUACAGCUCUCAAGUGUGUAUCUCAUUCACCACAAGAUAGACCAACUGCAUUUGAGGUAUCAGAAAAGAUCGACGAGGCUUUGCUCGCACAUGAUGAUCGUUCAGUUUCUUCGAUGUCUUCAUGGGAAUAUGGCCACCCUGAUAUGCUGUAUACUUCACACUGUUAUACCAGAAACUUGAGACACUCCAGGAUCAAAUUGCUAGAGCACUCUUCGUUGAUUUUGCAGGAAGAAACAUCCAUGUUAAGUUCAAUAAGCCAUCUACCUCUCAUAAUGAUGCAGAUUUUUGUAUAUGGGAUGUGA